AUGGCCUUAACUUCUUGGAAAACUUUCGAUUUCUUCGAAGUCAGCCAGGUUAAACCGCCAGAUGAAGAGAGUAAAUCCUUCUUCCAGAACAACGAAGUUAGCUGCGUAUGCUCCGGUUCCGAGAACCUCUUCGUUGGAAGUUAUGAUGGCGUUGUGCGAAUCUUGUCAUCGACUUUCAAGAUUCUGCGAACAUUCCAAGCACACGAUGUUGGGUCGAUAACACAUAUGAAACAAGUGGAAGGCACAUCUUUGCUAGUUACAAUAGCUGAAGAUUUAUCACACGAACCAAUUUUGAAAGUAUGGGCGCUGGACAAACCUGUGAAGAAGACGGGUCUACCGACAUGUCAAUCGACUUUGAGCAUCCAAAAUGGGCGGAAACAGUUUCCUAUAUCUGCGUUCACCGCAAUGGAUGACCUUUCACAACUGGCCGUGGGAUUUGGGAAUGGAGCAGUAACCGUCAUAAGAGGAGAUUUGAUCCAUGAUAGGGGAGCCAAGCAAAGAACAGUACACGAAUCCGAAGAACCAAUUACCGGACUUUCAUUUCGAGAAGAAGAACGACUCAUUAAUUUGUACAUCGCCACGACUUCACGUCUUGUGAAGCUUGUGAUUUCAGGAAGAGGCCAGGGUCAAUCAGCUCGACCUAUUGAAGAUUCUGGAUGCGGUGUGGGAUGUAUGACGGUGGAUGAAAAGAAUAGUGAUAUAUUGGUAGUCCGAGAGGAUGCUAUCUAUUACUAUAGAGUCGACGGCCGAAAUUCAUGUUAUGGUUACGAUGGUCCAAAAAGCUUGGUAGCAGUAUAUGGGGAUUAUGUUGCGAUAGUCUCGCCCCCCGCAACUUCGAGUGCGAUGAAAUCCAGUACCUUUCGGCGUUUUGGUGGGGCUCAGGCAGAUGAUCUAUUCAACACGUCGACAUUUACCUUAUUGGACACUGAUUUGAAAUUUGUGGCCCACUCGGAAUCUCUAGUUUCGCAAGUCAAAGAUCUAUUCAUAAUCUGGGGUGACUUAUUUACAUUGACACAAGAUGGGAAGAUACAUCGUUACCAUGAGAAACCAUUACAACAGAGACUUGAAACUCUGUACCAAAGGAAUCUCUACAUUCACGCUAUUAAUUUGGCUCAAAAGGCCGGUAUGAGUUCCAAGCAACAAAACAUGAUUUUCCGGAAAUCAGGAGACUUCUUAUAUCAGAAAGGGGACUAUGAUGGUGCCAUGCAACAAUACCUGAAAGCAAUUGAUAGCACCGAGCCAUCACAAGUUAUCCGAAAAUACCUUGAUACUCAACGCAUCCAUAAUUUGAUCGAGUAUCUUGAAGAGCUUCAUGAACAUCACAGAGCAACAGCUGAUCAUACUACUUUGCUUUUGAACUGUUACGCUAAAUUAAAAGACAUUGACAAACUGGAGAAGUUCAUCAAAUCCCCAGGUGACCUCAAAUUUGACCUUGACACCGCAAUUACGAUGUGCAGACAGGGUGGUUACUACGAACAAGCCGCAUACCUUGCAACAAAGCAUGGAGAACAUGAGUUAGUAGUGGAUAUAUUAAUUGAAGAUUCAAAACGAUACCCGGAAGCUUUACAGUAUAUCUGGCGAUUGGAUCCUGAUUCUACAUAUCCAAUUCUAAUGAAAUAUGCUAGAGUUCUGUUAGGAAACUGUCCAAAGGAUACAACACAGGUUUUCAUUGACUAUUACACGGGAAACUACAGGCCAAUGACAGAUAUCGUGAUUACCGCGGAAGCUCCUGUACAACAUGCUGGAUAUGCUGCUGGUGCUGCCGGUGCUGCCGUGAAUGCUGUUGUGAAUAUGAGAGAUUUAAUUCCGCUCCCUUUCAUGAAUACAUCUACCAUCACUUCACCAGCCACGGUAGGAAAUGUCAAUGCCGCACCAGCUGACGGUCAGGUUAUUGAAGAUCUUGAACCGCCACCACCAGCUUACAAUCCACCACAACCAAGGACUGCCUUCUCUUCUUUCGUGGAUCAUCCUGAGGAAUUCAUUGUAUUCUUGGAGGCAUGUCUCAAAGAACCGGGUCUGAAGGAACGUGAUAAGAUUGACCUUUACACCACUCUAUUUGAGAUGUAUCUACACAAAUCAAAUGAAAGGAACGGACGUAACCGAAAAGAGUGGGAAGGUAAAGCAAAGAAACUUAUUGAAGGUGAAGAUAUCCCGAUUGAUAUUUCGAACGUACUUUUACUUUCCCAUCUCUCCGAUUUCAAAGACGGGACUACUCUUGUUCGUGAACAAGCUGGUCUGCGUUUUGAUAUCUUUCGAUCAUACACUGCUGCAAAAGAUACUCGCGGAGCAAUCAAAGCUUUGCACAAGUAUGGUCCUGAUGAGCCGCAAUUAUAUCCAGCGGCCCUAGCAUAUUUUACAUCAGACUCGAAAAUUCUAGAAGAAGCUGGGGAUGAAUUGGAUGCCGUAUUAGAAAAGAUCGACACCGAUGGGCUCAUGGCCCCAUUGCAAGUGAUUCAGACAUUGAGUACCAACGCAGUAGCGACCAUGGGUAUGGUAAAAAUCUACCUUCAACAAACCAUCGAACGAGAACGAAAAGAAAUCGCAUCCAACCGCCGCCUCAUCAACUCUUAUCGCACCGACACUCAAACCAAACGACAAGAAAUCACCGAACUCUCCUCCAAACCUCAAACCUUCAACGCAACCCGCUGCUCUUUCUGCAGCACCCAAUUAGAUCUCCCGACGGUUCAUUUCCUCUGUAAGCAUAGUUUCCAUCAGAGAUGUCUCAAGAAUGAUGAUGAGGGUAAUGUGGAGGGAGACUGUCCUACGUGUAAAAAGGAAAAUGAUACGAUUAAGGCGAUAAGGAGGGCCCAGGAUGAGAGUGCCGAGAGACAUGAUUUGUUUAGGGAUGUGUUGGGGAGGAGUAGGGAUAAGUUUGCGACGGUGGCGGAGUUUUUUGGGAGGGGGGUUAUGGAGGUUCCUGGGGUGGAAUGA